AUGUAUACAGCAGCAAGACCAGAUACAUUAUUUUUAGGAGCUCAAAAAGUAAGUGGAGAUGAUGUUAGAAAUCAAACAGUAUUAGCAGCACAAACAGUUGCUAAUGUUGUUAAAUCAUCAUUAGGACCAGUAGGAUUAGAUAAAAUGUUAGUUGAUGAUAUUGGAGAUGUUACAGUUACAAAUGAUGGAGCUACAAUAUUAUCAUUAUUAGAUGUUCAACAUCCAGCAGGUCAAAUAUUAGUUGAAUUAGCUCAACAACAAGAUAGAGAAAUUGGAGAUGGUACAACUUCAGUAGUAUUAAUUGCUGCUGAAUUAUUAAAAAGAGCUAAUGAAUUAGUUAAACAUAAAGUUCAUCCUACAACAAUAAUUUCUGGAUAUAGAUUAGCUCUUAAGGAAGCUAUAAGAUAUAUUAAUCAAAUAUUAUCACAAAAUGUUGAUAGUUUAGGUAAAGAAACUUUAAUUAAUAUUGCCAAAACAUCAAUGUCUUCUAAAAUUAUUGGAUCAGAUUCUGAUUUUUUUAGUAAAUUAGUUGUUGGAGCAAUGUUAGCUGUUAAAACAACGAAUUCAAAGGGUGAAAUAAAAUAUCCAAUAAAAGCUGUAAAUAUAUUAAAAGCUCAUGGAAAAUCUUCUUUGGAAAGUAUAUUAGUUGAUGGUUAUGCAUUAAAUUGUACAGUUGCAUCACAAGCAAUGAUAAAAUCAAUAAAAAAUGCUAAAAUAGCAUGUCUUGAUAUAAAUUUACAAAAAGCAAGAAUGGCAAUGGGUGUACAAAUAAAUAUAGAAGAUCCCAAUCAAUUAGAAGAAAUUAGACAAAAAGAAUAUAGUAUAAUUCAAGAAAAAAUAAAUAAAAUUAUAAAUAGUGGAGCAAAUGUUAUUAUGACAACAAAGGGAAUUGAUGAUUUAUGUUUAAAACAAUUUAUUGAAAAUAAUUGUAUGGCAAUAAGACGUUGUAAAAAAGAAGAUUUAAGAAGAAUUGCAAGAGCAACUGGUGCAACUCUUGUAUCAUCAUUAAGUAAUUUAGAAGGUGAUGAAGUUUUUGAUUCAUCAAACUUGGGGUUUGCAGAAGAAGUUGAACAAAUUAAAAUAAGUGAUGAUGAAUGUAUAUUAAUAAAAGGAACAAAACAACAUUCAUCAAGUUCAAUAAUAUUAAGAGGUCCAAAUGAUUAUUCAUUAGAUGAAAUGCAAAGAUCAAUACAUGAUUCAUUAUCAGUUGUAAAAAGAACUUUAGAAAGUGGUCAUGUUGUUCCUGGAGGUGGUGCAGUUGAAACUGCUUUAAAUAUUUAUUUAGAAAAUUUUGCAUCUACAGUUGGUAGUAGAGAACAAUUAGCAAUAGCAGAAUUUGGACAAGCUUUAUUAAUUAUCCCCAAAACAUUAGCAAUGAAUGCAGCAAAAGAUUCAAUGGAUUUAGUAAGUAAAUUAAGAACAUAUCAUGCAGCAGCUCAAAUGGCUAAAACAGAUGAUACUAAGCGUAAAAAAUAUAAAAAUUAUGGAUUAGAUUUAAUAAAUGGAAAAAUUAUAAAUGAAGCAGAAUUUGGUAUUGUUGAACCAACUAUUUCCAAGAUAAAAUCUUUAAAAUUUGCUUUAGAAGCUUGUGUUUCUAUUUUAAGAAUUGAUACUAUUAUUGAAGUUAAUCCUGAACCUCCAAAAGAAGAUCCUCAUGGUCAUUAG